UAGAUCCAAGCUAUCUCUUGUUUGUUUGAGGCCAUAGGGCUGAUACUAGCUAGGCUAGAGGGGAUAGCAGAAUCAACAUAUUUCAUCAAAUUCAAGGAUAUGUCACUUUUUGUGAGGAUAUAUUCAAUGUGAAUGUAGAUUCUAUUUAUAUAUUAUAAAAUAAUCAGAACUUUUCUAAAUCUUCAUUGGAAUGAAUCAUCUUCUUAAUAAACCUAGGUCUAGAUCGACUAGAUCUAGUUGUUAUUUAUAUUCUGUGUCUACAGCAUUGGCACUGUUAGUCCUGGCACCUUGUAUACUUGGUGUAAAGGUUACAAGGAUUCAAUUAAAAAAUGGAUCAACUGUUUCUACUAGAAUAGGUCGUAUUGAGAUUCAGGUAGAUAAUAUUGACACCUGGGGAUCUAUUUGUGAUGAUGGCUGGGAUGAUAAGGAUGCUGUUGUUGCAUGCAGAAUGCUUGGAUAUACAAAUGGUGGCAAAGCUGUGUUGUCUGAUCUCUAUGGCACUGGGAACUUUGUUUUUCUUAUGGAUGGUGCAGCAUGCACUGGAGAUGAAAAAAAUCUAACAGAGUGUAUUGCUAGUCAGACUAUAGAUUGUUCACAGGCAACAAAAGAUGUAGAGGUUGGUGUAGAAUGCAAUGAGAACUCUGGCAGUGGAGGAGUAACACCAGCACCAGCUACAACAACAACUCCCGGAUCAAAUAUAAUUAGUGGAAAAUGCCAAACUGUUCCAACUGUCAAACUGUAUGGUAAGCAAGGAAUUGAUGGAAUGGGUUAUGUGCAAGUGCAAGCUCCCAAUGGCUCAUGGGGCUAUGUGUGUGAUGACAAUUGGAAUGAAGUCGCUGCAAAAAUUGUAUGUGCUCAGCUGUGCUAUCCGACCAACUACACAGCCAAGCCUGGCAUACCAGCAGAGAAUAAGCUGAAACCAGUCAAUGCUUCUAUCUAUUUGGAUAAUGUACAAUGCACAGGUACAGAGGCAACACUACAAGACUGCCAACAUGCCACAUGGUACCAGUCAGACUGCAAAAAAGAUGAAGAUGAAUUGGCAGGUGUUCAGUGUGUGGCAGCAACAUAUCAACCUCCAGCUCCUCCAGUCCCAGUGUUGAAGUGUGGUCAGGGCCUAAUGGUGGCACAGUUCUCAAGAACCCAAGAUCCAAAUCUUGAAGAGAAACAUCUUUCUGUGCUAAGCCAAGCUAACUGUACUGAUGUGACCAAGUCCACCACCACAGAUUAUGUUUCUAUCACAAUUCCUGUUGAUAAGUGUGGUACAAUUAUAUCAAGAAAUGGAACACACAUUCUUUACUUCAAUGAGCUUAAAUAUGACUUCACUUCUCAAGAAGGUGCAAUCACAAGAGUUAAUGUUUACAGGAUUGACAUAACAUGUGCUCUACCUGUGAAUGAAGGUGUGACACAAAGGGUGCAGUCCGUCACUGAAUUAGUUACACAAAAGGCUGUUGGAGCUUUCACCGCCACAAUGGAGAUUUACAGAAAUGAUUCAUUUAGUAUAGCAGUUAGUGACAACCCAGUGGUUGUCCCCCUUGGAGAAUGGCUUAAUAUGGCUAUUGUCAUGGAACAGUAUGACCCAAGGCUAUUGUUAACAGUUACAGAUUGCCUUGCAACACCCACUGGCAAUAAAACCGGAACGGUCAAACAAGUGUUAAUUGCUAACAAGUGCAGCCAAGAAAGUACAUUGUCCUUUUAUCCAAUUAGUAACUUCAAGUUUGGUUUCCGCUUCAAGCCAUUUAAGUUUGUAGGCUAUGAUCUUUUGUAUUUACAUUGUGAUGCCAUUGUAUGUAUUGCUUCUGAAAACAUCAAAGAAUGUGACAGAACUUGUAACAACACCAAACCAAACAGCACAGCUGCUGCUGGCAGAAGAAAAAGAGAAGCUGGUGUGUAUUAUGUCUAUACUGACUCAAAACCAAUAAUUCUAUAUAGCACUGGACCAAGUGUGAUAGAUGUUGUAACUAGCCAACCAAACAAAGUAAUUAUAGCCAGCACAGAGAAAGAAGCAGUCCUAACAACCUUUGCUCCUAUGUCACAACAAAUUCAAAAUUCUAUAUCAAAUAAAGAGGAGAAGUCAAACUUACUGCUUGACAACAAUUUGGGAAACAAACAUAAAUUUUCACUGGUACAAUUAUAUUGUUUGUUAUUAAUAUGCGCUGCAAUGGUCUACAUUUUUUAAAGUCAUUCAGAACUAUUAUUUUCCUUGUAAUUUCACUAAGUAAAAAAGCUUUUUUAAAAUAAUAUUUAUUUAAAUUUACUUAUUGAAGUUACUUUUAAAUGCCACAUAUUUUCUUAAGUAAUCAAUUGUUAUUGUCUUGUGCUGGUGCCUUUUAUACAAUCUAAGAAUUUUUUAUAUAUGAAACCACAUACAAUUUUAAAUGUUUUUAUUGAAUCAAUUAAAAUAUCAAAAUAAAUUCUAGCAUAUUAAUAUAAUAAUAAUUACAUUUUUUAAAUUGUCUGCUAGAUUUAUAGAUAAUACAUAUAAUAUAUAUAUAUUUUGUUUCAUCUACAAUUUCUUUUAUGCUCAGUAAAUUUGCUUUUAUUUCAUUCCUAUUUAUUUUUCUUUUAAAAAUAAAUGUGGGCAUAAUUGUUACAUUGUGUUCUAAUGUGAAGAUCUCUCUACUUUUUUUUAAAGUAAAAGAAUGUAACGAUUUAGAAAUAAAAUAUGACAAAAAAAAUUUUUAAGUAUAUCCAUAAGGUAUGACCAAAAUUUAGCCAUAAGAACUGGGCUAUAAAAUACAAUUCAGCCUAACUACUGCAUAAAAAAGACAGUGAGAUUUCUCAAAAGCAAUUUACUAAUUUAUUUAUAAUAUAUGUAUGUACUUUAUUUGUAAAAUAAUUUAAAUCUUGAAAGUGUUGAUUAGUUAUUAAUUAGCAUAAUUAGGUAUCUGCUCAAUUUUUAUUUUACAUUUUUAAAGUGCUAAUUAGUUUGUUUAGUAGUAUAUAACAUCAGUUCCACAUCAUAUCUGAUCUCACAUUUUUUAAAUAUUUAUUAGCUUCUGUUGUAUAUAUUUAUACAGCCAUGGUCCUGCUACAAUAUAUAUUUUUUUUAUCCCAUGUACCGGUAUAAAACUAUACAAUGUGAUACAAUAAUUUUCUUAUAUUUUAUCAGGAGUUAUACUAAUUAGUUAAACUCUACAAUGCCAUUAACAAGUUGGUUAUUAUGAACUGUGUGUUAAAUGACAUGUACUUCUUGGAUGCCAUAGAGUAAAGUGUUUUUAUUAUUGUCAGUCUUUAAUAUGUUUUUUUUCCCUCUGUACUUAGACAUUGUGUCUAGUUGCAUAAGUUUAACAUUGCUGAUAAAAUAGGAUGAAUCAAAAGGGUUUUAAAAAUUUUGUUUGUACAAAAUUUUGAACUGGCUGAUGAAAUACAAAAUGUUUUUUUUAAUUUCAUUAAAAAGUUUAUAUUUUAGUUUCAGUUAUACUGUUAAUGUAGUAAAUAAUGAAUGUAUUUUUUUCUUCUCCAGAUUGUUUUGUUUCAGUUAUUAAUGAAGUUAAGCACUUUAAAAAAAAUGUUUUUUAAGGUUUCAAAUAUAUACUGUAUUUUUGCACAUGUAACCCAUACAUGCAUAUAACCCGCACAGCCCUAAACCCUAACCCUACCCCACACAAAUUACAAAAUAAGUAAAAACAAGUGCAACUUGCUGUAAACGUGUCACAAUUAAUUACCAGUAAAUUAAAGAUUCUUUGCCACAUUAAUACUUUUUUGUUUUCUUGAGGUUUAUACUGAGAUUUUCAUAAAGCUUUCCAAUGUACAUUUCACAACCACAGUUACCACACAGCGAACUAUAAGAAGUAUGAAAGACCCACCGGUAUGUCUAUAAUUUCCAUUAUGCUAUGUUUAAGAGUAAAAUAAAUGUUGUAAACUCCAUACUGUUGCAUACACCAUACAGCUGCCAUUCUUUGUCAAAUUUGUAUAGCCCAAGGGUUAUAUGAACAAAAAUAUGGUAUGCACUAUUAAUCACAGGGAGUAUGAAAACUCUUGAUGUCAUUAUUGAAUUUAAUAAAAUUUUACUGCUAAGUUUUUUUUUUCCAUGCUUAUUUUUUGGUUGAUUUCUGUGCAAUAGUUUUAUGUAGAUAUUAAGAAUCUAUUUUGAGCUUAAAACACUGCUUUUUAAGAGCAAGAAAGUAGUAUUUCUAUAUUCAGGCAACAAGUAUAAUUUAUAUCAGUUACUUAAAUAUAAAAGAAACUAGCUGUUGACAUGUACACUAGUACUCUGAAGCUUCUCUUUGUUAGAUGGUAUAGAUUUACUAGUUAUUCCAGUUGUGCUUCAAUACAAAUAAAUUUUACUGAUAGUUUGGUCACACACUAAAAACAAGGCUUUCUGUUCGUCUUUGAUGAUAUUUUGGUUACAACAGACAAGAAGGAUUUUGUUAACUUUUGUAUCUAUAAUAAUUCUGGAGCUAUGAUUUUUUUUUGGUAAUCACAAAAAUUUUGAAAUAUAAUAAAGAUAAAUAUUAUAUUAUGUGAAGAUUAAUUAAAAAUUUUCUAUUUUCAGUUGGCCUAAAAUAUUUAUAUUUACCUAAUAUUCAUAUUUAAUUCCUUUUAGAAUUUUUAUAGUCCACAUGUAUUACUUGUCAUGCUACAACACAUGAAUUAUUAAGGGAUAAAAUAUUCUGUAAUGAAUUUCACUUGUUUUCUCAAGUUCAAUAAGUUACAAAACAUGAUACACAACUGACAUGUGAGGCAAACAAAAAGUAAUGAAGAAAUCUAAAUGACAAACAAACUUGAGAGAUAGUGAGUUUUGUAGUGUUUUUUUUUUUUACAAGAUUUUUUUUUUGUAAAUAGCACUCUGUGAUUUGAUAUGUAAUUUAUAAAUGUAAAUAUUUUGUUUUUAAAUUAUCAAUUAGAAAUAUAUAAUGUGUUUUUUUUUCUUUUUGGUUAAUAUUAUGCUUUUAUAUAGAUAAGCCCAAAAAAUGUAUUCAAAUCUACUAUCUUUUAAUAAAUCUUUAUAUUUAAUAUUUACAACUUUCCAUGAAUUUUUUGUACUUUACUUUAUUUUAUUAAAUAAAUUAUUGUUAUAGUUGAGUUGUUUUUUUUAAUUACUUUUAAUAUAUACAUCUGUUUUGCUGUAAAAUAAAACUUGUUACUAUAGAUGGGC